CCCGCUGUCAUCGCCUGCACCCUGUCGCAGGCCCCUUCGCCUCUCUCUCCGGCCGCAAGUCACGCAGCCCUAGCGUUUAUAAAUCCCAUACCCACUCUCCAUACUGUUCUCCGGCUCGCGGUGAGAAGCCAUUCUUAAUCUCUACCUUCCGCCGAUCGCAUUCAGGAAUUCUCGAUUCGUCGCCGCCGGUCUCCUCUUUCACCUCCUCCAUUUCAAGAGCGAGGAGAACAGAUCUAUACAGCUCGAGCGGGGGUGAUGGCUCUCUCGGCGUCCGACGUUCAGACCGUUUACUCUCUUCUCUCUAACUCGCUGUGCUCCGACGAGUCCCUCCGCAAGCCGGCGGAGGCCGCUCUCGCACAGUGCGAGAGCCGCCCCGGCUUCUGCUCUUGUCUUCUCGAGAUAAUCGCAGCGAGGGAUUUGGCAUGCCGGGAGGAUGUCCGGCUUCUGGCAUCGGUGUACUUCAAGAACAGCAUCAGCCGCUAUUGGAGGCAUAGGAGAGAUAGCCCAGGCAUCAGCAAUGAAGAAAAGAUCCAUCUUCGAAAGAAAUUGCUGUUACACAUACGCGAGGAGAAUACUCAGAUAGCAAUUCAAUUGGCUGUUCUUGUCUCCAAAAUUGCGCGCAUUGAUUAUCCAAAAGAAUGGCCGGAGCUCUUCUCUAUUUUGGUGCAACAGCUCCAGUCAGCUGAUAUGCUUGGUUCGCAUAGGAUUUUUAUGGUUCUUUUUCGAAUUUUGAAGGAGCUAUCAACGAAACGUCUUAUUUCUGACCAGAGGAACUUCUCAGAGAUAGCUUCACACUUGUUCGAGUAUACUUGGACACUCUGGAAGAGUGAUGUGCAGACCAUCCUGCAGAAUUUCUCUGCUCUUUUGCAAUGCAUUAAUGUGAAUUCCUCAAUGGAGCAACAAAAUGAUCUGCUUUUAAUGUGUGAAAGAUGGUUGCUUUGUUUAAAGAUAAUUCGGCAACUUAUUAUUUCUGGCCACCCAAGUGAUACAACAUCGGCACAGGAGGUUCGGCAGGUUAAGGAAGUCUCUCCUGUGCUCUUGAGUGCCAUUCAAUCAAUUCUGCCAUGCUACUCUUCAUUCCUAGAAGGACAGAUUAAGUUAUGUGACUUCAUGAAGAGAGCAUGCACUAAAUUAAUGAAAGUUUUGGUUGCAUUGCAACGCAAACAUCCUUAUUCAUUUGGUGACCAAACUGUUCUUCCAGCUGUUUUAGACUUCUGCUUGAACAAGAUAACAAAUCCUGAACCAGCAGUUGCAUCGUUUGAGCAGUUUUUAAUUCAAUGCAUGGUCUUGAUCAAAUCGAUAUUGGAGUGUAAAGAAUACAAACCAAUCCUCACUGGUCGUGUGAUUGAUGGAAGUGGGGAAUCCCUAAGUUUAGAGCAAAGGAAGAAGAGCAUCGCUAUGGCUGUUGGUGACAUUCUUAACACUGUUUUGCCUAGCGACUGCAUAAUAUUGCUGUGUAACAUUUUGAUAAGAAGGUAUUUCAUUUAUACAGCAAAAGAUUUGGAUGAGUGGUAUCAGAAUCCAGAGUCUUUUCACCAUGAGCAGGAUAUGAUUCAGUGGACAGAAAAACUAAGGCCAUGUGCUGAAGCUCUAUAUAUUGUUCUGUUUGAAAAUUAUAGACAUCUGCUUGGUCCUGUGGUCGUUUCCAUUCUUCAUGAGGCAAUGAAUUGUUCCCCACCUUUAGAUAUCGAAAUUACUCAUGGAAUGCUUCUAAAAGAUGCUGUUUAUAGUGCUGCUGGUCAUGCGUAUUAUGAGCUUUCUAGUUACCUCAACUUCAAUGAGUGGUUCCACAGAUCUCUAAGUAUAGAACUGGCAAAUGACCAUCCAAAUAUGCGCAUUAUUCAUCGAAAAAUUGCAUUAUUACUUGGACAGUGGGUUUCCGAGAUCAAAGGUGAAACUAGAAAGCUGGUGUAUUGUGCUUUGAUCAAAUUGCUUCAAGACAAUGAUAUAGCUGUCAGACUGGCAGCUUGUAGGUCUCUAUGCUAUCUCGUUCAGGACACCAGUUUUUCCGAACAAGAUUUUUUUGAACUUCUACCAGCUUGUUGGAGUUUAUGUUUCAACUUGAUGGAAGAUGUUCAAGAAUUUGACUCAAAGGUUCAAAUUUUGAAUUUGAUAUCUGUACUGAUUGAACAUGUUGGUGAGAAACUUGCUCCAUUUGCAAGUCAGUUGGCAGAUUUCUUCCACAAGAUCUGGGAGGAAUCAACUGGUGAAAGUUUAUUACAGAUUCAACUGCUGGCAGCCCUCCGGAAUUUUGUGUUUUCUUUAGGUCAUCAGUCGUCCAUUUGCUAUAACAUGCUUUUACCUAUCUUACAAAAGGGUAUUGAUAUAGAUAACCCUGAUGCUCUCAAUCUUCUGGAGGACAGUGUCCUGCUUUGGGAGGCGACACUUUCUAAUGCUUCUUCAAUUGUGCCCCAGCUGCUAGAUUUUUUCCCAUAUCUAGUUGCUAUUACUGAGAGAAGUUUUGACCAUUUGAAGGCGACAGUCAGUAUCAUUGAGGACUAUGUAAUUUCUGGUGGGAUUGGAUUUCUGAACAGGCAUGCUUCAAGUUUAGCUAAAUUACUUGAUGUUAUCAUUGGAAAUGUUAAUGACAAAGGACUGCUUUCAAUUCUUCCCGUCAUCGAUAUUUUAGUCCAGUGCUUUCCUGUGGAGGCGCCUCCAUUGAUAUGUGGAGUUCUUCAGAAACUCAUUCUUAUAUGCUUGAGUGGAGAAGAUGAUUGUAAUCCUUCCAAGACAGCAGUGCGUGCAUCUGCUGGAGCCAUUCUUGCAAGGGUCCUGGUGAUGAAUACCAACUAUCUUGCCCAGUUAACAUCUGAGCCAUCUCUUGUAACAGCCCUUCAGCAAGCAGGGCUUUCUGUUAACCAGAACAUACUUCUCUGUUUGGUUGAUGUUUGGAUUGAUAAGAUGGAUAAUGCUACGGCCAUACAGAGAAAGAUCUUUGCAUUAGCUCUUUCUAUUAUUUUGACUUUAAGAGUGCCGCAAGUCAUUGAUAAACUUGAUGACAUCCUAAGUGUUUGUACAAGUGUUAUUCUGGGAGGAAGUGGAGAAUCAAGUGAGGAAGAUCCCAGUGGUGAUGCAACAAGUUCUUCCGAGCCCCACAAUGAAAGUCUUGCAUAUGGUAGUUUUGCAAGUAAAGAGUUCAGGAAAAGACAGAUAAAAGAUUCAGAUCCCAUCAAGCAGUUGUCAUUGGAGGAUGUACUGAGAGAGAAUCUAAAAGCAUGUGCAGCUUUUCAUGGGGAUGCUUCCUUUAAUGCGGCUAUUAGCAGAAUCCAUCCAUCAGCAUUUGCCCAGUUGCAGCAGGCAUUGAAGAUGGCUUAGAGAACGUGAACUAUACAACUCCAUUCCUUCAAUAUCUUGGGUUCACUGGAAGCAGAAUAGGUUCUUCUGCGCCAUGAGUGUCUUUUAAUGCUCUUGCCUGCUUGUUCUUUUUUUCCCGCAAAGUUGCUUCUGUCAAUCGACCUUCACAGAAUGCUGUAGAAUAUCUCAUAUGGAGAUUGAGUAGUUGCUUGGGGAGUGAAAAUACCAUAUAGGGCAUUGAAUAGAAAAGAAAUACGUUAUGGGCAUAGAAUAGAGAAGUUAGCGUGCAAGUUCUUCAGCUGUUGUGGUUUCUGCAUCCUAUGAUAUCGUUUGAGAAGUUAUUGGGUAGGUAGCCCCUAUACAAAGCAGGCAGUUCUUUUUUUGUUUGUCCUGCUUCAAGCUAGACUGCAAUAUUGCCAGGCGAUGUUGUAUUGCCGUGUGAAUUGGGUACCUAGAGUGGGUGUGUACCAUGAAAGUGGGUGUGUGACAGUGGCCUCAGAUGGCAGUCGUGGAAAUUGGCCUCUUCCUCACAGCAAAAGCAUUCAUUUUUGCAUGAGCUAUUGUAUUUUUAUCCAUUGAAUUUUAUUAAAGGAUGUUGUAAUCAGCGCGAUGAUACGUUUAUUGGAGCUGCCUAUAAAUUGUUCACAUAUGAAUCAGCAAGCUUGGAUUGCAAAGA